CAUUUCAGGCAAAAUAACAAUCAAUAAAACAACAGCCUCUUCUUCUUCUUCUUCUUCCUUUACUCAGCUAAUACUGUAAUUAAACCGUUAACAAUGGCGGCAAAGAAGGAAAAUUUAGGCGGUUAUGAAGAUUACAGUGCAUUACAAGAGCUAACAAAGCAUCACAUAGACUCAUUUGAUUACAUGAUUGAACAAGGACUUGAAAUUAUGUUCAGUACUAUCAAGCCUGUCACAAUCACUGAUCCUUUCACUAACACCGCUAUACAACUGUCAUUGAGUCAUCCAAAGGUAUACGAGCCGCUAAAGGAAUUUUCGAAGACGAAGCAUAAACGUUUACUUCCAUUCGAAUGUCGUCAGGCGAAGUUAUCGUAUACAGGAAGGCUCGAGGCACAAGUUUGUUUCGAGCAGCAUGGAAAAGUUGCUGUCAGAGAGAAGUUUAAUUUUGGGCAGUUUCCUAUAAUGUUAAAGUCAAGGCUUUGUCACUUGUAUGGCGCUGAUUCCCAACAACUGGUGUCCUUCAAGGAAGAGUCAUCAGAGAUGGGUGGCUACUUCAUUUUAAAUGGGCUCGAGAGGGUUGCUCGACUUCUAAUUUUGCCAAAGCGAAACUAUCCAAUGAGUACGGUUCGGUCUUCAUUUCGUGAUCGUCAGGAAGGGUACACUGAGAAAGCAGUUGUUAUAAGGUGUGUCAGAGAAACUGAUGUAGCAUUAUCAGAUCAGUCUUCAAUAACAGUUAAGUUAUAUUACCUUCGUAGUGGAAGUGCAAGGCUUGGAUUUUGGGUACAUGGAAGAGAAUACCUGCUUCCUGUUGGUAUAGUUCUGAAGGCACUUUCUGAGACUAAUGAUCGAGAAAUUUAUGAAAAGUUAAUAAGUUGCUAUGACCAGAAACAUGAGAAGGUAAAGGGAGCUGUUGGCUCUCAGCUUGUAGGUGAAAGAGCAAAAAUUAUACUUGAUGAAGUUCGGGACUUGUCUCUUUUCACUCAGGAAGAAUGUCUGCGGCAUAUAGGAAAACAUUUCCAACCUGUCAUGUAUGGGAUGGAGAAAUCAACUUUUUCUAAUGUUGCUCAUGCGGUUCUAAAAGAAUACAUAUUUGUACAUCUUCACAAUUAUGAUGACAAGUACAAUCUACUCAUCUUUAUGUUGCAGAAACUUUUCUCCCUUGUAGACCAGACUUCUGUGCCAGAUAACCCAGAUUCCUUGCAAAAUCAUGAAGUCUUGCUCCCUGGGCACCUCAUUACCAUCUAUCUUAAGGAGAAACUAGAAGAGUGGCUGAAUAAAGCCAGAAAAGUUAUUGUAGAUGAAAUAGAGAAAAACAAAAAAUUUAAUUGCCUGUCAGUACCAGAUCUGAUCAAGGUCAUGCAUAAAAAUCCUUCAACAACAAUCAGUUCAGCUGUGGAGAAUUUGCUGAGAAGUGGAAGACUAAUAACCCAAACUGGGCUAGAUUUACAACAGAGGGCUGGUUUCACAGUUCAAGCAGAGAGGCUCAAUUUUCUACGUUUUUUAUCUUUCUUCCGAGCUGUGCAUCGUGGGGCUUCCUUUGCUGGACUACGCACAACAAGCGUGCGAAAGUUGCUGCCUGAAUCUUGGGGAUUUCUAUGCCCGGUCCAUACGCCUGAUGGUGAGCCGUGUGGGUUGCUGAACCAUAUGACUCGCUCUUGUCGAAUUACUUCAUACUUCAAUUCACAUGGAGGUGUUAAAGAUUUUUUUGCUACAAGGAAGUCAAUUCUUGGUGUUUUGACUACUCUUGGAAUGACUUCUUCAUUGCCAAAGCUUGUUCAGGCUGGGCCUCCUCAAGUUCUUUCUGUUCUUUUAGAUGGCCGUGUUGUUGGAUCUUUACCUUCUAGCGAAGUUGCAAAAGUCGUCGCUCAUCUACGAAAAUUCAAAGUUUCAGCUUCUUCAGUGAUUCCUGAUGAUCUGGAGGUUGGAUAUAUUCCUUUGAGCAUGGGCGGUGCAUUUCCUGGUCUAUAUUUAUCCACAUCGCCUUCCAGAUUUAUGCGCCCGGUUAAAAAUAUCUCCAUCCCUGCUGAGGAUGGUCAAAAUGUUGAACUUAUUGGGCCAUUUGAACAGGUGUUUAUGGAAAUAAGCUGUCCAGAUGGUGGAAGUGGAGGGAGAAGUGAUGCUUUUCCUGCAACUCAUGAAGAAAUUCAUCCAACUGACAUGCUCAGUAUUGUGGCUAAUCUUACACCGUGGUCAGAUCACAAUCAAAGCCCACGGAAUAUGUACCAGUGUCAGAUGGCAAAACAAACCAUGGCCUUCUCUUUGCAAUCUCUUCGUUUCCGUGCAGAUCAGAAGCUAUACCAUCUUCAGACUCCUCAAACUCCCAUUGCGCGCACAAGUACAUAUACCAAGUAUUGUGUGGACGAGUUUCCAACUGGGACAAAUGCAAUAGUUGCAGUGCUUGCAUAUACCGGUUAUGAUAUGGAAGAUGCGAUGAUUCUAAAUAAAUCAGCCGUUGAACGUGGAAUGUUCCAUGGACAAAUAUACCAGACAGAGACAAUUGACUUGUCUGAAGAGGGUAGCAGGUCUGAUCGAGCCCAAAGAAUGUUUAGAAGAAGUAACCUUGACAAGUCGUCGCACUCUGUCCUUGAUUCUGAUGGACUUCCAUAUGUUGGUCAGAUACUGCAUCCAAAUGAACCAUAUUAUAGCAUUUAUAAUGAGAUUACAAAUACAGCAAGAACCUACAAUCUAAAAGGUUCAGACCCUGUUUUUGUUGACUAUGUUGCUGUUGAUACAAAAAACAAAAAGAAUCUUCAGAAGGUGAACAUUCGUUUUCGAAAACCCAGAAACCCUAUUAUUGGUGAUAAAUUUAGCAGUAGACAUGGGCAGAAGGGUGUCUGCUCCCAGUUAUGGCCAGAUAUCGAUAUGCCAUUUUCUGGAAAUACUGGAAUGCGCCCAGAUCUGAUUAUCAAUCCGCAUGCAUUUCCUUCAAGAAUGACAAUUGCCAUGCUUUUAGAAUCCCUUGCUGCUAAGGGAGGUAGUUUGAACGGAAAAUUUGUGGAUGCCACGCCAUUUGCUAGUUCAGUAAGAGAAGAUAAUGGGAAAGAAGCCAAAUCAGAACUUGUAGAUGAUCUUGGUAACAUUCUGAGAUCUCAUGGGUUUAACUAUCAUGGCGUAGAGGUACUAUAUAGCGGUGUAUAUGGAACGGAACUCACAUGUGAAAUAUUUAUCGGGCCUGUUUAUUAUCAGCGUCUUCGCCACAUGGUUUCUGACAAAUUUCAGGUGCGGUCAACAGGAACAAUUGAUCAAAUUACAAGACAACCUAUCAAAGGAAGAAAGCAUGGUGGAGGUAUUCGAUUCGGAGAAAUGGAACGAGAUGCCAUGCUUGCUCACGGUGCAGCAUAUUUGUUACAUGACAGGCUCCAUACGUGUUCUGAUUACCACAUUGCUGAUGUUUGUUCUUUAUGCGGAAGCAUACUCACAACAUCUUUUAUACAAUCACAGAAGAGAGUCGUUCGGGAUAUUGGUGGAUUACCACCGGCUAGGGCUUCCAAAAAGGUAACUUGCCAUGCGUGCCAAACAAGCAAGGGGAUGGAAACAGUUGCCAUGCCUUAUGUGUUUAGAUACUUGGCUGCUGAAUUAGCAGCCAUGAACAUUAAAAUGAAUGUUCAGUUGAGCAGCGGGGCUGGACGAUGAGCCUAUUCCUGCAAAAAAAGACGGUAUUUAUAAUUUUUGAUUCAAUUUUGGUCCAUUACUUCUUGGAUUUCCAAGUUAUAUGGUAGGCUUGAGGAAUUUGAAAAGCUUGUAUUGUAUAUUGAAUAGGGGGAGUGAGGAGAGGGUUUGAUAGGGGAAUUGGUGAAUUUGUACACAAGAGUUCUUGUAUCUACAUUUUGUAACACACUCCUUGUCAAAUUUGACAUGGUUUCUCUAUUGUAGAAGUUUAAGGAGUUAAAAAGUUAAUACUAAAUUAACCUUA